AUGGCUUCCUCGUCCUCGUCCAUCGCCAUCGGCUGCUUCCUCCUAGCGACAGCCUUCGGGCACUGGUCACUCGCCUGUCGACGCACCUGGGCUGGACGAUAUCUCGACACGGCGACCAUCAUGGCGCUUUCCAUGUAUGGCAUCUCACACGCCAGUUCAUUGGCCUCCAUCUACGCGGCGCAAGGCACCUACCAAGUGACCAUGAUAUGGUUCGUCCCGUACACUGUCCGUCGACUCCUCGUCGACUAUCCACCACUCGACAAGCUAGGCUCACCUAUACCAAGUUGGUCUUUCUACGAGGCAUACAAAGUCUGGUGCAAUCCGCGCGACGUGCCCGGCCCGAAAAUGGAUCUCUUUCGCGGCAAGCGAUCCUCCAAAGGCAAGCAUUUCGUCCACAUGCUGCUCAUGAUCACCAUCCGGUACCUCGCCACCGCAUUCAUCAUCCCAAUCUUCGCAAACAUUUUCAUCGGCCCAUUCUACUUGUCAGACUUCACCGUGGACAAGAGGUUCCCACGUCUCUUUGACCUCACCGUACUCGACAUUGCCAAGAGAGCCUACCUCGUCUUCGACUGGUUCUGGUUCUGCUACAACAGCCUCUGCAUCUUCCACCACGUUCUCUCCAUCCUCCACGUCUGUAUUUUCCGCCUCGACGAGCCAGAGGAGUGGCCGCCUCUCUUUGGCAGCUUGCGCAAUGCAGACAGCCUACGUAGGUUCUGGGGCACGUUCUGGCACAACCUGCUCUCGCCGACGUACAUUGCCCUCGCCACGUAUAUGGCGCGUGAGGUGCUCCUGCUGCCGCAAGGGGCCCGCGUGACCAAAAUCUUUGUCGUGGCGUGCGUGUACACGGCCGCCGCCAUUCUUCACGGUCUCAUCGCGUGGCUCGACGGCGAUUUGAGUCCAUGGAACUUUGCAGCCUAUUACGUUGUGCAGUUUCUGGGGACUGCGGCGGAGGCGGCCGUCAUGGGGCGUAGGAAUCCGCAUGGGCCAUUGCGCAUCGCGAGGGGCGUGGCUGGGAGGCUCUGCGUCGUGGUCUGGUUCCUCGUCACGACAUCGCCCUUGAUCUUUUCGCAGAUGGCGUCAGCCGGGGCACCGCCACGUACGGGUACAUGA